AUGGCCGCAAACAUUUACAUGUUGGACGAGAUGCAGAAAAUGAUGAGGAUCCCUUUCUGGUCCCCCGAGAUUGGCCCGAACGGUUCGUGGUUGCCGAUGUACGUGAAUGUGCAGCCUUGCGGCAGUGGCCUCUACAGCGGCACCUUCCCGACGAUCGCAGAGUGCAAGGCUGAGCUGAAGCGGAGCCUCUCUUGGAUCAGCGAGCUCACGGUCGAGCCAGAGCUGUACUACAUCAAGAUCCCGCCGCAGGGCGAAGCGAUGCCGACGGUGCCUGUUCCAGAAGGCGACCACCCGCUGGCAGACGAGUGGGUCGUGAACGACCGCACGGCGCUGUACAUCAUUACCUCGUUGCCAGAGUUUGGCUACCCGCUGGAGUGCGACAUGAUGCAGAAUCGCGAGGGCGAGAAGAAGGACGCUAAGGACUCGGUGAAGGACGUGACGAUCCCGGAGAGCGACACCAGCAGCAUCAAGGGGUGGGUGCACGCGAAGAGCGCCAAGGACACGCAGAAGCAGCAGUUCAGCAUCGACGAGGUCUACAAGCUGGGAGUCGCAGCUGGCAUGCAAAAGCAGAUGGAGGCCGCCAGCAGCUCGGCGUAG